GCAAAGGAGUUGUGUGUGGGGUAUUUGGUGGUUAUGGGUAUUUUGAUAGCCCGGGUGGACAACUCGGAUAUCGAAGAUAAGUGCUUUGAUAGCCCGACUGAUCAGCUCGGAUACGUUAUUUCACCUUUAGGUACUACUGUUAAAUCAAUGUCAGAAACUUGUGAAAUUACCUCGUUACCCAUUGCAGCACAAAUUUUUGGUAAUGCUGGAUUAGAAUUGUCUAAAUAG